CGUGUUGUCGCCGUCUGGUCGCGGCGGCUCCCUUCCAGUAGAGUCGUGUCCGUCGAAGUGUAAGUUUCGUCUUGUUACGGCUUGCUGCUCGAGAGACCCGCGGAUUCUCGCCGCCGUUCGAACGCGCGCCUCCGUGUCACCGUGUGCAACGCAGCAGGAAGCGAGGAGACAAUGGCCUGCAACAGAGCCGCCAAGUCCGGAUUUGCCGCCGAGGCGCAGAGAAAGAUCAACAGUAAGUACAGCGAGGAGCUGGCGCAGGAAUGUCUGGAGUGGAUCAAGACGAUCACCGGCGAGAACAUAAGCACCAAUGGCGACAUGGACAACUUCUACGAAAUCCUGAAGGACGGCACGCUGCUUUGCAGGCUGGUGAACGACAUUAAAGAGGGUUCGGUGAAGAAGAUUAAUAAGACGUCGUUGGCGUUCAAGUGCAUGGAGAAUAUAAACGCCUUCCUAGAGGCUGCGAAAGCAUUAGGCGUUCCGGCUCAGGAGACCUUCCAGACGGUGGACCUCUGGGAGAGGCAGAAUCUGAAUUCCGUUGUUAUUUGCUUACAAUCUCUCGGAAGAAAGGCGGGUAACUUCGGCAAGCCAAGUAUCGGUCCCAAAGAAGCGGACAAGAACGUACGCAACUUCACGGAGGAACAACUGAGGGCCGGCCAGGGUGUGAUAAGUCUACAAUACGGCAGCAAUAAGGGUGCCAAUCAGAGCGGCAUCAAUUUCGGAAACACCAGACAUAUGUGAACACAUCCACCUCCACAUUCUCUCCGCCAAUUGCUCUAUCCUCAUCUGUCCUCUGUUCCCGUGUCCACGCAAUUACUUCUUUAGAGAGAGAGAGAGAGAGAGAGAGAGAGAGAGAGAGAGAUAUAUAUAUAUAUAUAUAUAUAUAUAUAUUUAUAUAGCUUAUCGCAUAAUAAAUGUUCAUCGAGGUCCAAGACGUAACGAACGGUGCGCAGAGGAGGCAUCCUCAUCACAACAAGAGACGAAACGAUACACGCACGAAACUUUCUUUCCCAGAUAGAGAUGACGUUAUAUAGACAACUUAAAAAGAGGAAAGGAACGGCUUGAAUAAAAUAAAACUAUAUUUAGGUUAUAUAACUAGUACGAACUAUUUAAUUUAAUUUCUCGUCCUCGGUUCCUUGCGUCACUUUUACUCCGCGCGAUGAUUCGGACGUUGCUGAUAUAUACUACUACUAUAAUGUACGUACUUGAAUCGUACGAUUUACGACGCGAUUACGUAGUUCUCAAAACAUCCUUCUUACAUUAUAAAAGAACAAAGACAACGUAUGUAUGUAUGUGUAAUUUGCUUAGCUUGGAUAGUCGCUGUUACAUUUGUUGGAAAUUACAAAGUAUAUGUCGUACAACAAUGUGCAUUAAUGAUUUCAACACAUGCCUACAUUCAACGCACCAUAUCCUUCUCUACUGUGUUUAAAGUAUUUCUAUCCUGUUUACAUGAUAAUCAAUAAUAUGAUUCAACUACGUUAUUCUGCAAAAGAACGAAAACCGACCGGCACUUUCACAAAUGUAGCCGCGCUAUUGAUGCGAGUCAAAGUAUGCAGAUCGGCAUGACAGUUUUAAUAUACGAUAUAAUUAAGUUAUUAAUAUUUUCCGACCAUGCGUGUAUUUGUUUCUAAAAAUUAAUGUGAAGUUGUCGCAGUAACCGAUUAUUAAUCUGACGUCGUUCUCAUUUCUUUGUAUAAUCCAUAGAUAAUUGAUCAAUAAUGUGGACAAUUAGAAAGUCUUGAUAACUUGAUUGCAUUAGAUGUCGGAGCUAUUAUGCCAGUCUGUAUGCAACAAAUAGGUUAUGCAUCGGAAUCCGA